AUGAACUUCAGACUCUCGUCACUCAUUCUGCUGUUACACAUUCAAGGGUCCCUGACAUUGGACAGCUUUUCUGUAACCUGUACUAAAAAGAACAUCUGUGCUGUAAGGGGAACAGAGGUGACACUGAGGUGCUCUUACACAAACAGAGACAUCAAAACUAUGUUCUGGUUUAACAAGAAACAAAGUAAAAACUGGAGAGAAAAGAAAGAACCUGAAGAUUUGAGGUUAGAUUCAGACUACUCAGGACGAGUGAAGCAGUGGUUAUAUUACUACCCAUCAGAUCUCACAAUAACAGAUGUGAGAGAGAGCGACUCUGGAGAAUAUCAGCUCAUGUUCAUUAUGAAGGAUGGAGUUAAACACAUCAGCUCAGUCACAGUCAAUCUAACAGUCACAGUUUUACAGGUGAAGAUGAUUCCUCAAUCUAGAGGGCAGCAAGUAGAACUGUUCUGUGAUUCUUCCUUAUUACACAUAAAAAACAUAUUAGUGUCAUCCAGAGGAAACGCUGACAGCUAUUCCUGCUCUGAGUCUGGUGAACACAACCCCUCCACUUCUGUGUGUGUGUCUAACAGCAGCUGUUGGGAUGUGACUUACACAUCUAGAAGAGUUUGUGCUUUAGUGGGAUCAACAGUAGAUAUUCACUCUUCAUAUUCACAUCCCACUGGAUAUACAGUAGUGAACACAUUCUGGCAUUAUUCAAAUUUUGACUUGGAUCUGCGUGAGGAGCAGCAGUUUGUUGGUCGUGUGGAGUAUGAUGAAAACACACUGAGAAUCAAAGAUGUCAAGACGAGCGACUCUGGAGAAUAUCGAUUCAGAAUCAUCACUAACACAUCAGGAGGCAAAUAUUCUGGUUCACCUGGAGUCAUUCUUACUGUUACAGAUACACAGGUGACAAGCAGUCCAGACCCUGCGGUAGAUGGAGAAAAUGUGAUAUUACACUGUUCAACCAAAUGCACUCUGGAUAACAAACACACAUACAUCUGGUAUAAGAAUGGAACACAGGUUACAGAUGGAUUCACAUUAUUAAACAAGCUGUACCUGAACUCAGCCAGCAGAGAGGAGAUACAACGGUAUUCAUGUGGUGCCAUACAGAUCUCAGUUCUACAGAAGCUCAUAUGGUUACGAAGCAUUGUGGUCACACUGUCUGUAUUUCUGACUAUUGCACUCAUAGGAAUCCUGUGGUACAGGAUAAGAAAGUAUACCUUGUCUAAAAACCAGAAGGACACCAAGAUGGAGGCACAGUAUGAGUCAGUGUACAGUAAUGCUGCACCGUCUAAGCCCGCGCAUAAAGAAGAAAAUAACGAAAAUCAGGAUAUUCAUUAUUCCAGCAUUAACUUUGGAGGCUUCAAAACGAAGCACGCAUCUGUAGAGUCCACAGACACCACAGAAAAAGAGGAUGUUCAGUACGCCUCUGUAAUUUUCAGUUGACAAACUGUUGCAAUCGUAUCUUAGCCAUCUUUUGUUAUUGCUAUUUAUCUGUGUUGUAUGCACAAUCCCAAGCAUGCACCAAAAACUAAAAACAAACACAUCCUUUCCGUGUUUUUCAGCAUAGAUAUCAGCUAAAAGCAUUUUCAGCACUUUUCACUAGCAAUAGCCGAUAGCAAAUCGUGUACGACAAGUGGCUACGACUACAGUCUAUUUUACUUUCUGUUUUAUUUAUUAACAUAUUAACACAGCAAUGCAUAUUUUUUAUAAUGAUUGUGUGGAUUUGUAAAUAUUACCUAAAUCGUCAAUCCUUAAAGUUCUAGUGUGUACAAUUUAGAGGAAUCUGGCGGUGAGAUUUUGAAUUGCAACCAUUGGCUCACUCCACCACUCCAACUCCUUUAGGCGAAUUCUAUGUUAGGGGACCGGCCAUGUAUGUAUAUAGAAAUAGCUAAUGUAAAGGUAAUAAGAACAUAACGCUUUGUUGUGUAAGUACUUUAAACACAUCUGAAAACAUUGAUAUGUAUAUUAUAUUGCAUAUCUGUCAAUAGAUCCUUAAAAAACUCACACAUUAGUGAGAUACAGAUCCCGUGAAUAAGCAAAAAUUUUUUUUUCUUAUUUAAUGAAUUCACCUGUGUGAGUGUAUGCUUAACAUGCAAAGUAGCAUUUUUAGAUGCAGAUUUUUUUCGCAAACAUAUAUAUAUUAUUUUCUUCGCUGUCGGACAGAAACCUAAUGCAGUAUGUCAAUAUUUCAUUAUUUUUUAUUGUUUAAUAAAUCAUUACUAUAUUGUUUUAUAUAAUCAUUACUAUGUUAAUCUUUAUGUUUGUUUGUGAGUUUUAAACAUUUGACCAAUAAAAAGUAUUAAAAGAUGCUU